UUUGCCCUUUUGUUUCUUCUACUCAACUACACAGACAAUUGCCGCUGCCUCUCCCCCACACUUUUAAGUUUUUGGGCUGCCACCUACACCAAAAGUUUUUCAUGGAAAUCCAAUUUCUUCUACUAAAAUUUUUUUCCUUUUCAAUUCUCUGUUGGGCCACACAUUGUCGGCAUUCUUCCCUCAUAACACCCGUCUUGGCCCCUGGGGAGACUUUUAAACUCAACACCAACAAACUUUCACCCAAUACUUUAAAAAAGGAAGUGUGGGCCACUUUUUUUGUUUUAUAUCCAAAAUAUCAAUUUUUGUUAUGAUGGAGAUAUUCAAAUUUUAAAAUUUGUUUAUAGUAGGUAGUUAUGUAAAUUUUCAAAGGAUCACGUUCAGCAAAGGACUGUCUAAGGAAACCUUUCUGUAUUUUAGUUUCCUAUCGUUUUUCAAUUUUCGUUCUGUUUGUAAUUUCGACUACUAUCCUACCCCAUAUUUUAUGUCCAUAUUUACCCGGAUUGUUAUUAUCUAAAUGUGUUUGUCCUUUUGGGCAUUAAAUUUCUUAAAAUUUUUAUUCCUCUCCGGUUGUUUCCUCCCUCUAUUUUUUCCUUAUCUUAUUUCUUCCUCAAUUUCCUUUCCUUGUUAUUUCACUCGAUAAAUGCUAAGAAAACUCGGCACAAAACUCGACUAUUGUUGUUAGACUGCCUUUUUUUAUUUCAUAAGGAUUGCAUGGCAUAUAUAUUCUCCGUUCUCCCCAACACAUUUUUACAUCAUUGCAACGCUUUUGCCUUAAACAGUCAUGGCCAUAAGCGCGAUUACAAUAGUCAAUGAUGUUUAAAGAACAAAAAAAGAAAUAAGAGAAGGAUAAAAAAUUUAGAGAGUGGUUUAAAAAAAUAAGAAAAACAAGAAAUGAGAAGAGAGAAUAUUGGAAAAUGAGAGGGUAUCCAGCUGGGCUGAAGCCGUGGGACGAAGAUAAACCUUGCCUAAGAUAUACAAGACUUACUCUCCUUCUUUGGGCUUUCUCGGCUGGCUUUUGCUUAGCUGCUCACUGGCAAUAACUAAAUAUAGCGAGAAAGAAAAAAGACUUUGCCUCUAAGAGAUAUUGGCUGUUUUGCUUCCCCAUAUUUUAUUGAAUGUUAGUGUUGAUGUCUCCCGUCGGGAAAAUUUUAACUCCUUACAACCCGGCAAUUUGUCAAAACUAACUGUUUGCCAAGAGUAAUCACUUACUAGACUUAAAAUUUCCCAUGUUCCUUCCUUGUUGCAAUAUAUGUAAUACUUCCUGUUUCUGAGGGAAAGCAAACAAAAAUAAAUAAAUAUUUGUAUUGUUAGAAAUAUUUUUAAAAAUUUAUUCUU